CAAAGACUUUUGAAUGUCUCCCACCAAAUUCUGAUGAAUGAAUAUGUGGAUGUGGUAUUUCAUGGACCAGCACAAAAGAGCAUUUCAAGAAGUCGUUUGGUAGCUGUACCAUCUAAUUAUGUUCACAUGAUGCUGAGAGUUGAAUAAUUCAGAAAGGGACAAAGAGUGUUAUGAUUGCGUUGACUUGGAGUCAUGUUUCAUGAAGGUAGUGCGUAGUUGACUCUUUUCUAGUGUAGGAGGUAGAGAUUUGGGAGAGUCACUAGAACACGAAAUGGCAGAGGCUAUUGUUUCUGUUACAGUGCAGAAGCUAGGACAGUUGCUCUUGGAAGAACCGUUGUUCUUAUUUGGUAUAGGUGACCAAGUGAAGCAGCUGCAAGACGAAUUGAAGCGUUUGAAUUGCUUUUUGAAAGAUGCAGAUGAGAAGCAGCAUGAAAGCGAGAGAGUGCGUAACUGGGUUGCAGGCAUUAGAGAAGCUUCUUAUGAUGCAGAGGAUAUCCUCGAGGCAUUUUUCCUCAAAGCAGAAUCAAGGAAACAAAAAGGGAUGAAAAGGGUGCUUAGGAGGCUUGCUUGCAUCUUGAACGAAGCGGUUUCACUUCAUAGUGUUGGCUCAGAGAUUAGAGAGAUCACCUCCAGGCUUUCUAAGAUAGCAGCAAGCAUGCUAGAUUUUGGUAUAAAAGAAUCUAUGGGCAGAGAAGGUUUGAGUUUGUCUGAUAGUCUAAGAGAACAGAGGCAAUCGUUUCCAUAUGUUGUUGAGCAUAAUCUUGUUGGGUUAGAGCAGAGUCUAGAGAAGUUGGUGAAUGAUUUAGUUUCCGGAGGUGAGAAACUAAGAGUCACGUCCAUCUGCGGAAUGGGUGGUUUGGGGAAAACAACUUUAGCCAAACAGAUUUUCCAUCACCAUAAAGUGAGGCGUCAUUUCGAUAGAUUUGCUUGGGUAUAUGUUUCUCAAGACUGUAGACGGAGACAUGUUUGGCAAGACAUUUUUCUGAAUCUCAGCUACAAGGAUGAAAAUCAGAGAAUACUCAGCUUGAGGGAUGAACAACUUGGAGAGGAGUUGCAUCGGUUCUUGAAAAGGAAUAAAUGCCUCAUUGUGCUUGAUGAUAUCUGGGGCAAAGAUGCUUGGGAUUGUCUGAAACACGUCUUUCCACAUGAAACAGGAAGCGAAAUAAUCCUCACUACUCGGAACAAGGAAGUCGCUUUAUAUGCUGAUCCCAGGGGUGUGCUUCAUGAGCCACAAUUGCUAACAUGUGAAGAGAGUUGGGAGCUGUUGGAGAAAAUUUCAUUAUCUGGAAGAGAAAAUAUAGAGCCAAUGUUGGUCAAGAAAAUGGAGGAGAUUGGGAAGCAGAUAGUUGUAAGGUGUGGAGGUUUACCUCUAGCUAUAACAGUUCUUGGAGGACUUCUGGCAACGAAAAGUACAUGGAACGAGUGGCAAAGAGUAUGCGAGAACAUCAAAUCAUAUGUUUCAAAUGGAGGUAGUAGCAAUGGAAGUAAGAACAUGCUAGUUGCAGAUGUUUUGUGCUUGAGUUACGAGUACUUGCCUCCCCAUGUAAAGCAAUGUUUCCUCUACUUUGCUCAUUAUCCUGAAGACUAUGAGGUUCAUGUGGGAACACUAGUUAGUUAUUGCAUCGCAGAGGGAAUGGUUAUGCCUGUAAAACACACAGAGGCUGGCACGACAGUGGAAGAUGUCGGGCAAGAUUAUCUUGAGGAAUUAGUAAAGAGAAGCAUGGUUAUGGUUGGGAGGAGGGACAUUGUAACUUCGGAAGUCAUGACAUGCCGUAUGCAUGACCUCAUGAGGGAGGUGUGUUUACAGAAGGCAAAGCAAGAAAGCUUUGUGCAAGUUAUUGAUUCAAGGGAUCAAGAUGAAGCUGAGGCUUUUAUAUCUCUUUCGACCAAUACAUCUCGUAGAAUUUCUGUCCAACUACAUGGUGGAGCAGAGGAGCACCAUAUCAAGAGUCUGUCGCAGGUUUCCUUCAGAAAGAUGAAACUUCUUCGAGUUCUAGAUCUUGAGGGAGCUCAAAUCGAGGGAGGGAAGUUGCCAGACGAUGUAGGAGAUCUCAUCCAUUUGAGGAACCUGAGCGUGAGAUUGACAAACGUGAAGGAACUUACAUCAUCUAUUGGAAACUUAAAGUUGAUGAUUACUCUAGACUUGUUCGUGAAAGGGCAACUGUAUAUUCCAAACCAACUCUGGGAUUUUCCUGUUGGAAAGUGCAAUCCAAGGGAUCUUUUAGCAAUGACAAGUCUUAGAAGAUUGUCUAUCAAUCUUUCUUCGCAGAACACAGACUUCGUGGUGGUGUCUUCACUAAGUAAAGUCUUGAAACGUCUCCGUGGCUUGACAAUAAACGUUCCAUGCGAACCUAUGCUUCCACCAGUAGAUGUAACACAGUUGGUCUCUGCAUUUACUAAUCUCUGUGAACUGGAACUGUUCCUUAAACUAGAAAAACUCCCAGGAGAACAGAGUUUCUCCUCUGAUCUUGGUGCUCUACGUUUGUGGCAAUGCGGAUUAGUGGAUGACCCGUUUAUGGUUCUCGAGAAGCUUCCAAACUUGAAGAUUCUCCAACUGUUUGAAGGAUCAUUUGUAGGUAGUAAGCUUUGUUGUUCCAAGAAUCUAGAGAAUCUAGAGGAGUGGACUGUAGAAGACGGUGCCAUGAUGCGUCUUGUCACCGUGGAGCUAAAGUGUUGUAACAAACUGAAGUCAGUUCCUGAAGGAACGAGAUUCCUAAAAAAUCUACAAGAAGUAGAGAUUGGGAACAGGACAAAGGCAUUUAAGGACAAGCUAAUCUCUGGUGGUGAAGAUUUCUACAAGGUUCAACAUGUGCCUUGUGUUGUUUUUGAGAACUGUGAACUUUAA